AACGGCAAAAUGUCGCUGAACCUGGUUGUCAAGCUAUUUUCUCAUCGCAAUGUGCCGAUUUGGCGCAUACUAUGUAUGAAACUCUACAGUUUGGCGUUUGCGUUGUAUUUUAUUUUAGACAAGACAUGACGGCUAUACAAAAGGCUCAAUGGGCUUCUACAGGUUAAGACAUAAUUAUCGGUUUGUAGGUUCGUAAACAUCUAAACUAAACAAGACUGUAUACCUACCUAAUGGGGCGAAACAUUGUGAUCAAAUAAGUUAAACGCUAUAAUUAAGUGAAGUAAAAAGCAUUUAUAGUUCCUACCUUACUGCUAUUGCAUUCUGGUGCACUAUGGAAGAUAAGAUGGAUAGUGAACAGAGUAACAGUGGCGAGAGCAGUAGUAGUACUUCUGAUUCCUCUACUGAGACUUCUGACAGUGAAGAAGAAGUAAUGGAAUCGAUUCGUGUGCUGGGUCAAGACCUGGAGCUACCUCAAGAUUUAUGUGAAGACUACUCUCUUUUUACAGAAUUCUUUUCAAUGAAUACAUGGGAUAGUUUGGAAGAAAACCACAAGAAAAUACUGUUAGAACUAUUGCCUAAGUUCCCAGAAAAUGAUGAUGAAGAAAAGCAAACUACUAUAAAAAUGUUGUUUAAUCAUGAACCAUUUCAUUUUACUUCUCCACUUACUUGUUUUUUUAGGAAUUUAAGGCAAGGUAAUUAUAGGCCAGACAUAGCAAGAAUGAGGAAGUUCCUUAUGAAGGCACGAGCUAAACAGCAGAGGCGUAAGAUUAAAUCUUAUUAUGCUAAAUUACUACCUGAAGUACUUAUAUCAAGAGAACGAUUAUUAGCAGUAGCUAAGUCAACCCCUCCCGGCUUUAUACCUUCUUUACCACUGCUACCACCAAAACCGGCAACAAAAAACAACUAUAAGCCCAUUUAUGUUAGAGCAAGGCACAGAUAUUUUGAAGAGUUAACAGCUAUUUGGAGUGAAGUGGGUUGUCAAGAAUCAGAUGAUGAAAACUACCCAGAGGGACCACCAGAGCACUUUAUGAAAAAGAGAAAAAGAACAACCACAUUACAGGGAAUCGAUAACAGCAUAUCUGGUACUCUCAAUAGUGGAGACAUAUCACAGCCUUCAUCAUUAGCAUGUUUGAAAAAUGUCCUUUCUACACAUAGGUCUAGGAGACAGUACAGAGAAAAUCAUCCAGAGUUAAAUACUACAGGCAUAACAUUAGAAGACAUAAAGCAAAGAGUGGCUUUAGUUAAUGAACCAAGAAAGGCUAUGUUUGGUUGUGCCAAGACUGAUUUACCUGCACAGAAACAGAAGAAAGGUGUAAAGAGAGAUAUAAAUCAAAAACUAAAAAAAAACAAAAUGCCUGUAAAAAAUGUUAAGGAUGAAGAUAAUGAUGAAAAGCUACUUCCCCAUAUAAAAAUAAAAUGCGAACAGGUGUCUGACUCAGAAAACUCUUCAAUAUUUGAUCCAAUGAAUAGUCCCAGACAAUUUAAAAAAAUGGAGUGUGAUGAAAUUAAAGAGGAAGUCACUGAUUAUGAUGUUAAGUUUGGAGAUUCUAAAGAAUUUGUAAUAAAAAAAGAGCCACAGGAUUGUUUAACUUCUCUGCAAAAUAAUUCAAGAAUAAAUCAGCCAGUGCCUAUUAAGCUGGAAGACUUAGAUGGAAUAGAUAUGAUGGCACUGCCUGUUGAAAUAGCAGACGAGUCAGGAGAAGUGCUGGUUGACUCAUCUACUGAAGUAUGUGAUGAAGAUGAAGCACUCACAGAGACCACCCACGCAAACUUCUUGUCAUUAGUAAGGGCAUUGUUCCCUGCUAAAGCAGCACACAGGGCUACCAAACAAGAGCUACAUGCAAGAUGCAUGGCCGUUAUGCGAUCUCCUAUUGCACCCUUAAACACUUGGUAUCAUUUAUCUGAUGACUGGUGCAUGGAGUUAAAUUCAGCUUUAGAUUUUCUUGCCGGUGAAAGAGGUCCACACCCUGAUGAUUAUGUGCCUUAUCUACAAUAUUUGCCAGAAACGCAGACAUAUCAAUGGAUCGGCGCAGGGCGAGACUGUGACGCCAUUCUCGGCCGACUUUGUGAAAGAUGGCUGAGAGCUGCGUCUCCCCCAGCGCCCACAGUGGAGCCCCCUCCUCCCAGGUACCCAACAAACUGGGUGAUAAGACAGCCAACUAAUUCUGAGAUUGCUGAAUUCAGAUCACAGGAAAGGAAAAGAUUUGCAUCAGCAUCAAAACCCUUUACCUACGUACAAUAUGGCUACCGCGCGGUGGUGGGCCCGGCGGGCGCGGCGCGGGCGGCGGCCGGCCUGCUGGUGUCGUGUCCGCGGCCGCGCGCCGUGAGCCUGGCCGCGCUGCUGCGGGACGCCGUGGCGCGCCUGCCCAACGGAGAGGGCACGCAGCGGGACAUACUCACGCUGCUCAAAAUGUCUCAAUGGAUAGUACCGAACAAUGACCAAACACUGACAGCCGCCGUGUCUUCUGCAUUGGAUCGUCUGGCGGCAGUUAAACGUGACCCCAUAGUCAAGUACGAGCAUCGAACUGCAACUUGGAUAUUUCUGCAUCGAAAUAGGUCUGAAGAAGAUUGGUUGAAAACAAGCAGUGCUAAAAGUCGCAACAACAAGAUCCAACCGACGGAAGCUCAUUCUCAGACUACACACAACACCUCAGUGGUAUUCAAUAAUACUGAUUCAGAAGUACCAGCUGUGGAUGAAGUGCUGGAGAAUGCAUCUGAUAGUGACGUGGACGUGGAUGAUACAAGCACGACCACAGCGGGCACAGCAUUAUCCUCAGCUCAGCUCCUGAUGCAAGCGACCCAAGCUGUACAGAAUAAGCAGCUCAUUCCAAAACCUAAAGCGAGACUUGUUCCCACACCAUUAAAGCAAAAAGCAAUCUCAAAACAAACACCCAAUAAAAUAAAUUUGACGCAAAACAAACAAAAUAAUGUUAAAAUAAACCACAAUAAGGCAAUCGCACAACCUAAAAGUAGCAUAUUGGCGAAAACAAAACAAAAUGUGAAGAAUGUGGCACCAAAAUGUAAUAUCAAACAAAGUGUACCAUCACCAACCACUCUCAUAGAAUCACCUAAACAUAGAACACACUCUCCAAAGCAGAGUGCGCCGUCUCCGAACACACCCGUCCCACCUGUGAAGCAGACUGUUCAAACUGUGAAGCAAACUGUUCAAACUGUGAAGCAGACUGUUCAAACUGUGAAGCAGACUGUUCAAACUGUGAAGCAGACUGUUCAAACUGUGAAGCCGAGUGUUCCGUCACCUCAAACAAUUGUGCCAAAACCAAAGACGAUUCAAACUCCUAAAGUAAAUGUCAUUCAAAAUGUCAACUCAAAUAUCGUAAUGAGUGAUUUAACUUCAAAGCAGCCCUCAAGUGUUGGAGUGGUCGUGGCACAACAACCUCCGUUGACGAAGCAAAAAUCUGUCGUGAAAACAGACGCUUCAGUGGUCUUAUCAACACACAAUGUGUUAAGUCAUCAAACAACUCCAGUAUUAGUAUCAUCGCUGCUUCAGGGAAAUGCAGUGUCAUCAUUACAGCAGAGCUCCAUUCUCCAGACUGCUAAGCCGCCAGUGAGUCGGUCCCUGCUGCUCCGCGCGGCCUCCGUCCAGACCACGGCCUGCGUGUCCGCUCUCACCUCGUGCACGCCCUCCACACAGGUGGUCACCAACCCAAGACGCGGAGUGGUGAGAGUGUUAAGUCCGGCUAAUUCGACAUCCGGCAAGUCACUCAUAUCACCCCGGGCACUUAUGCCGCAAGCUAUCGCGGCGACAAACACAAAGCGGUCAUCCCUGCCGGCCUCGUCUACGGUCUCCACCUUGAGUGUGGCUCAGAGUUCUGCCGGAUUAACUAACAUUAGCAGUUCACAAGGAGUGGUCACAUCAUCAGUUACAACAAGAACUGUUCAAAUAUCUGGCGGUCGCACUGUGCAACUGUCCAACCAGACUGUCCAAUUAGCAACCGGACAAUCUGUACAACUUUCCGGUCACACGUUGCAACUUUCUUCUUUACAAUUGCCAACGCAUAGUGUUCGUCUACCAAGCGGGCAAACGGUCCAAUUAGCAUCACCGCAAACAGUUCAAGCCAUUAGAGCUGCCACCCAGAAAUCUCAAACACCUCGGCCGCAAACGCAAAGUAUCCGACCCUUAACCCAAAUUCCUGUCUCUACGGUCCAAUUAGCGGGCCAAACAGUUCAAAUAGCCGGCCAAACUGUUCAAUUGGCUGGCCAAAGCGUGCAAUUAACUGGGCAUACCGUGAAGUUACCGAGUGGCCAGAGCGUCCAAGUCGCUAGUCAAAGCGUUCUACCAACUCAAAGUGUCCAAUUACCUUCUGGACAGACAGUUCAGUUAGCCAGUGGCAAUGUGCAGACCGUACUGAGUGGACAAAACGUGCAACUUGGCAAUCAAAGUGUACAAUUAGGUUCGCAGACGGUUCAAAUUGGGAACCAAACAGUACAGCUAGCCGGUGGACAAACUGUCCAACUGCCGAGCGGCCAGACGUUACAGUUGUCGAGUGGGCAAACGAUACAAUUGGCCAGCGGUCAGACAUUGCAGUUGGGUAACCAGACCCCCAAGUCGAUGGCACAAGUCGUCAGGACGUCGAGUGGCGAGAAAACUACGCAACCUAUUGUCGCGAAACUUCUAACUAAUGCGCAGGGCCAGGUGAUGUCGGUGGAGCGACGCGGCCGCCCCGUACUGCUCGCGGGCAAGCCGCUGACCAACAUUAUACUGCAGCAGAGUGACGGCGGCAGUGUGCGGGGAGCGGGGAGUCACACACCACAGACCAUAGUUAUUAGUAAUAUGGCUUCCCAAAGUGCCACAACGUCGUCGACUUCAGCGCCUAUUUUGAAGUUACAACAGGUAAACCCAAUACAUCAGGUUAAAGUACCGCAGGGAACAAAAAUACAACAGGGUGCCGCGAGUACGUCAGUAGCGCCACCUGGCGGCGUGCGCAGCGUCCUGAUGGGUGGCCGACACGUGCUGGCGCGGCUCUGGAGACCCAGCAACCAGCAGCCGUGACCGACAGACUGACACCUGUGGACACGACCAAAUAUUAUCCUCAUUUUAUCUGCUUUUUAAAACCCGCCCGACCAGAAUCCGAUCGUGCUCACUCUCGUAACCGACUUGACCCACGUGCCGGUACAGUUAGUAAGCCCUGCCCACUCACGGUAUAGUUUAAGUUGCGCUAUUUAAAAGCGUCAGAAAUGCUUCCAUAUUUUAUAUACGGUCACUGGCGCAUACUAACACAAAGUGAUUAAUCACGAGUGUAAGACGUAGCUUGUGACGCACACUAAAGUAUUAUAUAACCCUGGCCUGUUUGCUUCGGUUGUCUAGAUGCAAGAGGCUCCAUCUAGACGUAUAAAUGAUCUAAUCCUUACACAUAAAUGCCCCGUGAUUCCAUUGGAAUUGUAAAGGGUUACCAGUUCAUUGGACCACCAAUUCUGAAAGUAAUAGUUUUUAUAAUUUUAUUACGGUAUGUAGGACCUUAUUUGUGUAUCGAAAAAGACUUACAGACUAAUAACAUCAAUAGAUAUAACUUUACCCAUUGUGUUACUUGAUUUAUCAACUUAAUGUGACUUAUGUUUCGGUACUGUGUGUAAGAUUGUUAUUGUUUCAUCCUGUGAUUUAAAACCGCAGGAUGAAUGAAAUAAACCCGUUGGAACUGAAUCAAUAUUAAUUAGAUUAUAUAUUUGGUGUUAUAAUAAAGGUGAACAUUUGCAGAUCUUCCAAAUAACAUUAUGCAAAAUCAGUUAAAGUAUGUAUUUGUUUUUAUAUUUACCAUUUCGCUUGUAUUCAUUGAAGUUUCUGUACACUUACGGCCUUACAAAUAAACUUGGUAUGAAGUUAUGUCUGUGAAUAAACCAAGCAAAAUGUUUACCAAUAAAUAUAUUGCUAAUGAUUGGUUUAUUCGACGUUUAACGUUUCCCGGUGUUAUUUGCAAGGUGCUUAACACUCGCAAAACUUUAAAAUUAUCAUUGUGUCAACAUGUUCAUGCAUAUUGUUUAUUUUUAUUUAUUCUCAAGUAAGUAUCUAUAAAUAAAAUUUUCGUGUCCCGGUGUUUGUUACCAAACUCCUCCCAAACGAUUGAAUCGAUUUGUAUAAAAAUAUGUCUGUACAUCGGGUAGGUCUGAGAAUCGGCCAACAUCUAUUUUUAAAGCCCAAAUUUUUUUUUUAUUUGUAUGGCAAUACAACGUUUGCUGGGUCAGCUAGUAUCUUUAUACAAAGUUUAUUUGUAAGGCCGCAAGUUAUCGUUAGUUACGUUAUUAAUAAUUGUCUGUAUAUAUGGUAUUUUGUUACCACUACACAGAGUUAUACUGGUUGUUAGUUUGAAAGUAUUAUUUAUUUGUAUAUCAUUAGUUUAUAUUGGAGUAAAUCAUUUAGGAAUGCUGAAUUUUUAUUAUUUAAAGUGUGCUUGAGUUUGUUUCAUAUUUCGUUAUACAAAUCUAUUGGUCGUCACAUAGAAAAUAUCAAUUUAAUAACAUUAGGUAGGUUGUAAUAUGACGAAAAAAAGCAGCUUCACUUUCUUAAUGAUGCGCGCUGAAGUGAAGUGAUCACCUAAUAUCAAGUGAUUCGUUGUUCAUGAUUGACAUAUAAACAAGUACAGGGACAAAUAUCAUUUUCAAACUUGUAUUACCUUUUUCAAAUUCGACCCCUUGUUUCGUGUGUAUCUCGCAUCAAUUUUUUUGAGACGCACAUAAAAAAUAAUUGUUUAGUUGAAAGAAUAAAUAUUUUGUAAUUUAUUCAUAAAUAAUUGAACCGAUAGUGUAUAUAUUAUAAACAUUUCCAAAUGUUCACAAUUGAUACAAAGACUUGUGAACUCUACUUAUUAGUGGGUAACAUUUAAAGUAUCUGAUACUGGACUGGACUGGAGUAUUGUACGAGUGCACUCGUUUUAUGUUUAAUUAUAACAAUUAUAAUAAACCUGUAAAUUGUAUAUAUUAAUUAUAAUAUAGUUAGUAUGGUAUUACAAUACAAUAUAGUUUACGUUAACUUUCGCACAUUUUGGUAUAUGUAAUAUAUUAAGGUCAAUUCUG